AUGAAAGUACUGGAUCCUCCGUCCGUUGCUAUCGUCAGCCAAGAAAAACUCGUUGAAUGGUUUCGAAAAACCGUUUCUACUCAGAUUCAUUCCGUUAAAGAUUUAGCGAGUGGCUAUGAAUUUUGCAAAUGUAUGUUUAUGCUUUUCCCAACUGCGCUCAAUUUAAGCAAAAUUAAAUCACAAAACCUAACCAUGUAUGAUCGACACAUGAACUACAAACAACUCCAAGCGGCCUUUACAUAUAUCAACCUGAAUAAAGAAAUACCGAUACAGAAGUUAAUGGAAGGUAACCUAGCAGAGAACUAUCAUUUUGGACUUUGGUUUAAAGCUUUUUAUGAAAUUAACUGUCCUCUACAGACACCUAAAGAAGAUCUAGUGACUGAGUGUCGAAAAAUUAAGGGUGUAGGUUGUGGUGAUAUACUGAAAGCUCCGGCAGAACACGAACUGAAAAGUUGGCCCAAAUCAGGAAAUACAAAAUUUAUCAAACGGACAGUUAAUGAGUGUAAAAUCAUAGAAAACGAGUGUAGACUUAUAGACGAGUGUAAAGUCGUGGACAAUGAGGUUCAAACGGACUUUUAUGAGUAUUUGCAAUUUGAAGAAAUCUUUAAUAAGAUGAACAAUCAGAACGCUAUAAGUACCGAGCUAGCUGAAGCUAACGAGUUUAACCAAAUGAUUAUAGAAACCCUAAAAAGUGACAACAUGAGCUUAAUAACUGAAAAUAAAGAGUUAGACAUGGACAAUAAGGCACUUGCCAUGGAAAAAAAUAGCUUGGAAUUUAGUGUCAAUCUAUUACUCCAGCGCAAUGAAGAGCUGGAGAACGCGAAUUCCACACUAAUUCAACAGAUUGAAAAUCUUGAAGAAGGUUAUUUGAAUUUGUCAGAAACAAACAAAGAAAUAAAUAUACGUAACCGUGAAUUACAAGUCCAUUAUGAGGAUUUAAACUUGCAUUCUCAAAUCUAUAAAAAGGUGCUAGACUGUUCAAAUAUGGAAGCUAAUCUUUUUUUCAAUAAACUGCAAAGUAUUGACAGACUUUGCCGUAAUGCAUCGAGCAAUCGUUUGAGGAAAUUAAUAGUUUCUAUAUUGAACGAAACGAAAUAUCAACCAGGUUGUAUGUCAGUCGCUUUACCUUAG